AUGGCUACUGUGGAGCUCAGGUAUAUCUGGGCCCCAAGAAUCCCCAAAGCCACUCCUCCAAGGAUGUCGCCAGUGCCUCCUGUUCUAGACUCUCCUCAAAUGACUCCAGUCUGUGUCACGCUCCCCUUGCUGGGGCCCAAGGGUGAGAAGAAAUCCUAUGGAAAGCCAUGUGGAAGCCAAGACUACAGUGGGGGCUGUAAAUGCUUUCCUGAAAAAGGAGCAGGAGGGCAACCAGGACCAAUUGGAAUUCAAGGUCCAACAGGUCCUCAAGGAUUUACUGGUUCUAGUGAUUUAUCAGGGUUAAAAGGAGAAAGAGUCCCAGGCCCUCUGCGACCAUAUGGACCAAAAGGGAAUAAGCAUCACUUGGGAGUUCCCGACUUUCUUGGCAUUAAUGGGAUCCCAGGCCACCCUGGACAGCAUGGGCCCAGAGGGCCACGAGACCUGGAUGACUGUAAUGGAACUCAAGGAUCUGUUGGAUUUCCUGGCCCUGAUGGCUAUCGUGGACUUCUUGGACCACUUGAGUAUCCUGGACUGCCUGGACUAGAUGGAAUCACUGGCCUACAAGGAACACCUGGUUCUCCAGGAGCUAUAAGAACUAUAGGAUCACCAGGGUUUCAAAUAAGUAACAUAAAUCAUAGAAUUCAUGGUCCUCCAGGCUUCCCUGGUCUCCCUGGUCUUGAUGGGAAUAUGGGGUUAGGUUUCCAAGGAGACAAGGGAGAUGUUGGCCUCCCCAGCCCUGAAGGACCCCCACCAUUUACCAGAGAACUGGAAUUUAUGGUAUUUCCCAAAGGGAAAGAAGGAUCUAAGGGGGAACCAGGGCUUCCGGGUUUCCCAGAAACAAGUGGCCCUCCAGGUCUCCAACCUCCCAUUGGAAUCCUGGAGCUUUCAGGACAUUCUGGAGCGAGAGGUCCAAAAGGUGAGGCAGGUUCCCCUGCAUCAACUGGAAAAAGAGGUCUUCCUGGGACAAAAGGCCUUCCUGGAUCUUCAGGGGUAAUUGGCCCCCAGGGGAACUCAGGCUUGCCAGGAGCCACUGGGCUGCCAGGCCUGCCAGGUCCAAAGGGUGAGAAGGAGUCUGUUGGACUGAUAGGUUUUCCAGGGAUGCCAAGUCUCCCUGGUAUUCCUGGUGCAAAUGGAUUAAAGGGUAUUCCUGGGUUAGGUAGAAAAGUGGGACAAUCUGGAUGGGCUGGUAGCCCUGGUCGAAAAGGAGACAGAGGUGACCCGGGACCAUUCGGAAUUCCCAGUCUAAGACUUCCAAUGCUGAACCUUCAGUGCAAAGGAGACAAAGGCUCUCAGAGCUCAGCUGGAUUGGACAGAUUUCCUGGAUUCAGAGGUGACAAGGGAGAAACUGGUCUUCCUGGGCCAUGAGGCUUGCCUGGAGCUCCUGGAUUCCGCAGUACCAUCAAAGGACUUAAUGGGAGACCUGGCUCCCCUGGCUCCACAGGACUAUGAGGCUUACCUGGCCUGAAAGGCUCCCCUGGAAUAUUGGGCUUCCCAGGAAUUGAAGGAGAAAGUGGUUCACAGGGUCUCAGUGGAGCUCCUGGGCUCCCAGGAGCAUCUGGCCUCCCACGUUUAAAAGGAGAUCAAGGCCAGACACUUGGACUUCCUGGCAGACCAGGACCUAAGGGACAACCUGGGGAGCCUGGCUUGCAAGGUAUGAAAGGAAAAGCUAAACAAGUUGGUGACAUGGGUUUCACUGGAAUUAAAGGUGAUGAUGGGAAAGUUGUUAUUCCUGGAGAUGUUGGCCUUCCUGGCUCCCCAGGACUUCCCAGGAUUGAAGGCACGAGAGGAAUCCCAGGGCUUUCAGGUUCUCUGGGCCACCCAGGGCCUCCUGGGGCUGUGGGACAUGCUGGUGUAAUAGGAACUAAAGGUUAUCCUGGAGUUCUUUGUUUGCAUGGACUAAAUGGUCUUCUAGGAACCAAGGGAACCCAUGGAACUCCAGGACCAAGUAUAACUGGUAUGCCAGGGCCAGCUGGCUUACCUGGUCCCAAAGGUGAAAAGCAUUCUCCAGGAAUUGGCACUGGAGUGCCUGGGAAGCCAGGCAUGAAAGGAGAAAAAGGUGGUCAAGGUUUUCCAGGUCUCAAGGGCCCUGCUGGUCCCCCUGGUGCCCUAGGCCUCUCUUUGCCAUCAGUCAUAGCAGCACAGCCUGGAGACCCUGGGCGACCUGGCCUGGAUGGAGAACAAGGCCGUCCAGGUCCUCCAGGGCCCCUAGGUCCUCCUGGGCCAUCCUCUGAUCAAGGUGACCCUGGAGAUCCUGGCUUCCCUGGAAAUCCUGGCUCUAAAGGGCCCAAAGGACACAAAGGAAUUCCAGGUUUCUCUGGCCUCCCUGGAGAGCUAGGACUGAAAGGUAUGAAAGUUGAGCCUGGCUUCAUGGGGACUCCAGGCAAGGUUGGGCCACCUGGAGACCCAGGAUUACGUGGGAUGAAGGGGAAGGCAGACCCAAGAGGCUUUUCUGGCCCCCGAGGUGCUCCUGGCCAAACACCAAUUGCAGAAGCCAUUCAGGCUCCUCCUGGACCCAUGGGUCUACAGGGUAUUGAUGGCAUCCCUAGUCCCAUGGGAGAUCCUGGAGUUUGAGGCCCUGUAGGCCUACAAGGCUCCAAAGGUUUACCUGGCAUCCCUAGCAAAGAUGGCCUAAGCGGGCCCCCUGGCCCACCUGGGCCUCUUGGUGAUCCUGGUCUUCCUGGACUGCAAGGCCCUCCAGGUUUUGAAGGAUCUCCUGGAAAACAGGGCCCCUUUCGGAAGGCUGGAUUGCGUGGACAGAGCGUGAGAGUGGGCUACACCUUGGUGAAGCACAGCCAGUCAAAACAGGUGCCCCUGUGCCCCUCUGAGACGACCCAGCUGUGGUUCAGUUACAGCUUGCUGUUCGUGGAGGGGCAGGAGAAAGCCCACAACCAGGACUUGGGGUUUGCUGGCUCCUGCCUGCCCCGCUUCAGUACCAUGCCCUUCAUCUACUGCAACAUCAAUGAAGUGUGCCACUAUGCCAUGCACAAUGAUAAAUCCUGCUGGCUCUACACCUCUUCCCCCAUCCCCAUGAUGCUCAUCAGCCAGACCAAGAUCCCUCAGAACAUCAGCCACUGCUCUGUGUGUGAGGCACCCUCACAAGCCAUUGCUGUGCCCAGCCAGGAUAUCACCAUUCCACAGUACCCCCUGGGCUGGCACAGCCUCUGGACUAGGUACUCCUUCCUCAUGUACACUGCUGUUGGUGCCGAGGGUGGAGGCCAGUCCCUGGUCUCGCCUGGUUCCUGCUUAAAGGAUUUUCAUGCCACUCCUUUCAUUGAAUGCAGUGGUGCCCGGGGAACCUGCCACUAUUUUGCCAACAAGUAUAGUUUCUGGCUGACGACAGUGGAAUAGUGGCAGCAGUUUGGAGAGAAACCUGUACUAGAAACAUUGAAAGCUGGGCAGCACCAUACACGAGUCAGCCACUGCCAGGUGUGUACGAAAAGCCUAUAGGGUGGCCCCUGCCACUCUUCCCCUUGCUCUCCCUUCCCCCACACAGUAGUCACCUCACAAACCCAAACCA